AUGUCCCAGUCUUCGUCGCAGAAUGCCACUGGUCAGCAACACAUUACUUUCGGUGAUCCUCUAGUCACAGCGAGACACCCUCGGAGUCCUCCAAAGCAAGGACCGUCAAGUGACGAGAUCACACCUGCUCCCAGCCAGCGCUCUACGGGAACACAGACAACUCUCCGGCCGCCAGCGGCAAACACCAGGAAAGCUUACGAAAAUUUGCCGGACUAUUGUGCUGGCGUAACUACACAGCUUCGAAUAACCGAGGAUUAUGUUCCCUUUAUGUUUCAUCCCAAGACUCUACAGGAUUAUGGUAAUGACUCGAGGGAUCCCGAGACACUCACUUGGGCCGAUUUGCAGGCUGUGCAUGGGAAUGCAGCUCACGUUGAUGAUAUCAAUUUUAUGCGUUUCCGUGACCUUCUCCAAAAGCUGUUACAGAUACAGCACCAGCACCGCGUGUUACUCAUUGAUAUAAAGUCAAGACGCCACCCCCAAGAUGUUUUUGGAGUCAUCAACCACGAAUUGACUAAUAGUGGGCAGCCGAGGGCCAUUUGGCGGACAAGAUUGGUUAUCUGCAUCCCUACUGACGAGUAUAUUGCGUUUUGCGACACUCAUCUUCCAGGAUUCGCGGUCGUAUUGAAUUGCCGUAGUUUGAGUUAUGCGAGAGAUAUUAUGAAGAAUCCGGCACUUAUCCAUUUCAAAAUUGACCGCGAGAUCCUCAUUUGUCAAGACGGAACACGUUUCGUGAAGGAAGCAUCGAAAAAGAACCGACAGCUUUACACAGAGAUAGUGAACGACGAUAACGAGAUGAAGUGGUGCAUUCGACAUCAGCUUUAUGGAAUAAUCACUGAUCAUCCGAGGCACCUGGAUGGUCUAUAUUGGGACUUGGAAAAAAACAGACCCCCUUGGAAUAGAGUUCCCACCAAGUCGCUGAUUCCCAGGAGAACAAGACUGAGUCGUAGUCUUGUGGCAGCUAGCUCUCGGAUAACCGACGACAGAUCAAGACGUGCUUUCACCAAAAGUCGAUUCCCCCUUUCAAAUAGAACCUACCCAGCACCAGCACCAGAAAAAGAAGAAGAAGAAGAAGGAGGAGGAGGAGGAGGAGAAGCAGAUAGCCAUGCUGCCGACACAAGCAAUAGCGAACAAGGAGGUGCUACAUCGGGCUCUAUUGGUCCAGCCAACACGCUGUCAAGUGGUGAUGCUUCAACCAACACUUCUGCGAAGACUGGACCUCUCAGCAGCAACCCCCUAGAUAACAAUCAGUCAAGCGAUGGUCCUGAGGGUAGUAGCUCUGCGAGAACUACUACUGGAAAUCAUCGUGGUACUAUAUCUACACCAGCCACGGGGGGUGCUGCUAGUUCAGGACAGUGAGAUUCGGAGCUCGAAGCUUUUCGUCGCACUUAAUACCCAUAAGGGACCCUUUUGCUUUUAGUGAACCGUAUGUAGUUUAGUCUAGAUUAC